UUGCACCUUGCACGCGAUCGAUCUUACUUACGUACUAGAGUGCAGGCUUACCAAUUUCGCAUGGUGACCAUGCAGCCGCAGGCCAUCACCAAGGUCUCCAUCUCGGCGCUGGUCAUCUCCCUCCCCAUCAUCUACGUGUCCCUCCUGCGCGUCCCACCCUCCACGCUCGCCCGGGACUCCACCUUUUGGUUCCUCAUGUCCAACUCCAUCAUCGCCAUCAUCGCCGUCGACUCCGGCAUGCUCUUCCUCGGCUCAGCCUCCCACCACCACCAAGACGAGGACUUCUUCGACGUCGUUCACAGUGAACAGCCGGCGGCGACCGUCCGCGAGGACUACUACGGCGACGCGAUGUCGGUGCCGCUGAUGGCAUCCUCCCACGUGCCAACAGCGCCUGUGGAUAUGCCGGAUGUUGUCGUAGCAGGCGGUGAACAGCUGCUGCCAACAGGUGGAGCUGUGACCGUCCAAGAAGACUACUAUCGUGACGCCUUGUCGCCGCCGUUGAUGGCAUCCUUCCACGAGCCAACGGCGCCGGUGGAUAUGUCCUGCGUCCUGGUAGGAGGCGGCGAAGAACUUCCAACUAGUGGACUUGUACGCUCCAACGCAGCAGACACUGGUGGUAUGGAGAUGGAGGAGGGCCAUGCUCUGUCUUUGAUCCAAGGUGAAGGUGCACCAAGCAACCCGAGCACUGACAUGGUCGACCAAGAAGAAGCACCGAAGCUCGAACUAGUCAGCGCCAACAAGGACGAUGAGAUGAUCGUGGAAGGCGAACACUACACAAUAUCACCAGCUCCUCUGAUGACAGUAACACCUGACGAUCAUGCACAGCAAGAUGAAGGCUCUGUUCAAGUGGUGAGGGAAGAUGUGAAGCCCCAGUGGUGCUCGGUGACAGAGGAGAACAAGCCGCCGCUGGAGAAGGAGAGCGACUACUGGCAGCUGAGCGACGACGAGCUCAACAAGAAGGUGGAGGAGUUCAUCACGCGGUUCAACCGAGACAUGAUCGAGCAGGAAGCAGCAGCUGUCUGAUCGAUUAUAGGGCUUAAAAAACAGCGACUUAAUUACCUACGUCAUAUAUAUAUGCUGAUCUGUACAUAUUUUAGUUACUUGUACUGUAGUAAGGAGUACUUUACCUAUU